GAAGAUAAGGGAAGUUCCACGCUCACAAAAGAGAGGGACAGAGAGAUGAUGUAUAAAGAAAUGAAUUUUACCUGCUGUUCUUUCCAUUUUAUGGAGGGAGGAGAAGCUGGGUUCAGAGGGUCACAUGGCAUGUGAGCACCAGCUGUGUCCACUCCCCUCCCCUCCUCUCUCUCUCUCUCUCUGUCUUUCUCUUGCUUGAUAUAUACCCUCCUUCAUCUUCCUCUGCUCCAGUUUCUCUUUUUCACUCUCUCUCCCUCUCUCUGUUUCUCUUUCUGAGCAUCAAGAAGGCCGCUUUCUCUGUCUCUCUCUCUCUCUCUCCUCUCCCUGCGCUGCAGUCGCCUGCCUGAGUCUGAGCUCUCUCUAAUGGCGGAGCUCGGCCCCUGAGCAGCUCGUUCUCUGACAAACCUCGAGGAGGAGGAGGAGGAGGAAGGAAAGAGAAAAUGACCCACCUCUCUCUCUUGCUGCUGUUCCCUCUCGUCUUCCUCACUCUUCACCAGGCUGCUUCUGCUGCUGCUGCUGCUGCUUCGCCGUCGUCGCCGUCGUCCUCCGCAGCGAACGCUGAUUCUCAGCAGCUCAUCGACUUCAAGAACGCUCUCAAAGACCCUACGGUCCUCCCCGGCUGGCUUCCGGACCAGAGCCCCUGUGCCUACGCUGGCGUCUCGUGCAAGUCCUCUCGCGUGGCCUCCAUUGAGCUCGCCUCCCUCGGCUUGAGCACGGACUUUCACUCUGUUUCCUCCCAUCUCUUGACCCUGGAGUUCUUGGAGUCUCUGUCUCUGACCUCCGCCAACAUCAGCGGUGCUUUGGCCUUCCCAUCCGGAUCCAAAUGCAGUGCGGUCUUGAGCAGCUUAGAUCUAUCUGGGAACGCCUUGUCCGGUCCAAUCUCGGAUAUCGCCAACUUGGGUGUAUGCCAGAACCUCAAAGUCCUCAACUUUUCCGGCAACAACCUCUCCAACUCCGUGCAAGAAAGUGCCGCCGCCGCCGCCGCCGCCUCCACCGGCCUCAAGGGGCUCGAGAAUUUGCAGGUUCUUGACCUUUCCUUCAACAAGAUCUCUGGGUCUAAUGUCAAUGUUUCUUGGGCUUUGUCCGGUGGAUGCGACGCGAUGACUCACUUGUCCCUGAGAUGGAACAAGUUGACUGGGGAUGUGGAUGUCUCGAGCUGCAAGAAGUUGCAGUACUUGGACAUAUCCCAGAACAACAUCUCAGUGAGCGUGCCUUCCCUCGGAGAUUGCUCGGCCUUGGAGUAUCUGGAUGUGUCCUCCAACAGGUUCUAUGGCGAUAUUGGGCGCGCGGUCUCCGCUUGCUCUCAGCUCAGCUUCUUGAACCUCUCCAACAACCACUUCUCAGGUCUAAUCCCUUCGCUCCCGACCAAGAGCUUGCAGUUUCUUUACUUGUCUAGGAACGAGUUUCAGGGGGAAAUCCCUCCUAGCCUUGCCGAGGUUUGCCCAGGUCUUGUCGAGCUCGAUCUUUCUCAGAAUAACUUGUCUGGUGUGAUUCCUGCUAGUUUCAGUUCUUGCUAUGCACUGCAAUCUAUCGACUUGUCUAACAAUAACUUCUCUGGUGAGCUGCCCAUGAAUUUGUUCAUGAAAAUGAGCAAGGUGAGGAAGUUGGCUUUGUCAUUCAAUCAUUUUGCGGGCAGUCUGCCGGUCUCUUUGUCGAAUUUGACUUCGUUGGAGAUAUUGGAUCUGAGCUCAAAUGAUCUCUAUGGGAUGAUUCCUAGUGGCUUGUGUCAAGAUCCUAUGAAUAGCUUGAAGGAGCUCCAUCUUCAGAAUAAUCAGUUCAUGGGUUCAAUCCCGCCGGCCCUGAGCAACUGUUCUCAGCUGGUCUCGCUCGAUUUAAGCUUCAAUUACUUGAAGGGUCAGAUUCCGUCGAGUCUGGGUUCUCUAUCUAAGCUCCAGGAUUUGAUCGUUCUCUUGAAUGAACUCGAUGGAGAGAUCCCUCAGGAACUCAUGUAUAUUCAGACGCUGGAGAACUUGAUUCUGGACUUCAAUGAGUUGACGGGCGCUAUCCCGUCUGGCCUGCGCAACUGCACUAACUUGAAUUGGAUCUCGCUCUCUAACAAUCAUCUGAAUGGGGAGAUCCCAGGUUGGAUAGGGCAGCUCUCGAAUCUCGCAAUCCUGAAGCUCAGCAACAACACGUUCUCUGGCAGGAUACCACCCGAGCUCGGUGACUCUCGCAGCUUGAUCUGGCUGGAUCUCAACAGCAAUCUCCUCAGCGGGAGCAUCCCACCGGAGCUGUUCAAAGAAUCAGGCAACAUCGAGGUUAAGCUCAAAAACGACAAGAGGUACGCGUAUAUUAAGAAUGAUGGCAGCAAAGGGUGUCACGGAGCCGGGAAUUUGCUCGAGUUCGCCGGGAUUAGGCCCGAGAAAAUGAGCAGGAUUUCCACCAGGAACCCCUGCAACUUUCCCAGAGUGUACAACGGUGUGACCCAACCUAAUUUCAAAAACAAUGGGUCGAUGAUUUUCCUUGAUAUCUCGCACAAUAUGCUGUCGGGCAGCAUUCCGAAGGAAAUUGGGUCUAUGUUCUAUCUGUAUGUUCUGAACUUGGGCCAUAACAAUAUCUCUGGCCCUAUUCCACCCGAGAUCGGGGAUUUGCACACUGUUAACAUUCUCGACCUAUCGAACAAUGAACUGGAAGGAGGCAUCCCGGAGACAUUGAGCAAGUUAUCGCAGCUUACUGAGAUCAAUUUAUCGAAUAACCGACUCACAGGUUCCAUCCCGCAGAAUGGGCAGGUGGGUACUUUCCCGGCAUCGAGCUUCACAAACAAUACUGGACUGUGUGGGAUCCCGCUUUCGCCAUGCAGUUCUGACCCGGCCUCAAGCGCCAAUUCCGAGCACCAGAAGUCACACCGGAGGCAAGCGUCUCUCGCGGGAAGCGUGGCAAUGGGUUUGCUGUUCUCGCUGUUCUGCAUUUUCGGGCUGAUGUUUGUGGCGAUGGAGUCGAGGAAGAGGAGGAGGAAGAAGAAGGACACCGAGCUCGAUGUCUACAUCGACAGCCGUUCCCAGUCAGGGCCUGCGAAUGCUAGCUGGAAGCUCACGAGUGUGCAAGAGGCCCUCAGCAUAAACUUCGCCACAUUUGAGAAGCCCCUCCGGAAGCUGACCUUCGCUGACCUACUCGAGGCCACCAAUGGGUUCCACAAUGAUAGCCUCAUCGGCUCGGGCGGGUUCGGUGAUGUGUACAAGGCUCAGUUGAAGGAUGGGACCGUGGUCGCCAUCAAGAAGUUGAUCCACGUAAGCGGACAGGGCGACCGCGAAUUCACCGCCGAGAUGGAGACCAUCGGGAAGAUCAAGCACCGCAACUUGGUGUCGCUCCUUGGGUACUGCAAGGUGAAGGAAGAACGGCUCUUGGUCUACGAAUACAUGAAGUACGGAAGCCUCGAGGAUGUCCUGCACGAUCGGAAGAAGAACGGGAUCAAGCUCAACUGGGCCGUGAGGAGGAAGAUUGCGGUUGGCGCCGCAAGGGGACUGGCUUUUCUCCAUCACAAUUGCAUCCCGCACAUCAUUCACCGAGACAUGAAAUCGAGCAACGUGUUGCUCGACGAAAACCUCGAGGCUAGGGUCUCCGAUUUCGGGAUGGCGAGGCUGAUGAGCGCUAUGGACACCCAUUUGAGUGUCAGCACGCUAGCCGGCACUCCCGGCUACGUCCCUCCGGAAUAUUACCAGAGCUUCCGGUGUUCCACCAAGGGCGAUGUGUACAGUUAUGGCGUGGUCCUGCUCGAGCUGUUGACUGGGAAGCGGCCGACGGAUUCGGCCGAUUUCGGGGACAACAAUCUCGUCGGGUGGGUGAAACUGCACGCCAAGGCGAGAAUAAGCGACGUCUUCGACCAGGCGCUGAUAAAAGAAGACCCCAACCUUGAGAUCGAGCUGUUGCAGCACCUGAAGGUUGCCUGCGCGUGCCUGGACGACCGCCCGUGGCGGCGCCCCACGAUGAUCCAAGUCCUAGCGAUGUUCAAGGAGAUACAGGCAGGGUCGGGCUUCGACUCCAUAUCCACCAUCGCCACAGACGACGGGGGUUUCAGCUCGGUGGAAAUGUCGGACCUGAGCAUAAAAGAAGGCCCGGAGUUCGGCAACCAGUAGCCUAAUCGAGUCGAAACCCCAUCAUUUUUCGAAGAGGAAAAUUUUCCCGACCAAUGCGCAAACAGCGAAAAGGCUGUAACGGUUUCUAGUCAGCUCGAGAUCCAAUUUUUCCAACAAUCUUCUUUAGUAUGGUUCCGGUUAGUCGUGGUCGUCGCCGUCGUCCUCUGUAUCUCUGCGAAUUCGAUGUAUGUAUCAUCCAUGUAAUUCACAAAACAAGACUCUUGUUCUUCAUACGUAUAGGGGCUGGUUUUCCUUUGAACUUUUGCCACAAGAUGUGUAUAUAUUUGGCCUUUAGCUGAAAUGUGUUCUUGCCUUUUUCUCAGUCA